GCGCGUGUGUGUGUUAUCUCCUCAACCCUUCCUCACCUCAACGCUCUUAUAGAGACUCUCACCUUCAACCCUGCUGGAAUAAAAUAGAAUAUGCUUUGCAUAAAGCGCCGUUUUUAGCGGUUUUAAUGGGAAAGAUUGGACUCGUGGUCUGAGAACUGAGAAAUUAAAAUCAGAAGACUGGGACUAAAAUCAGCUCAUAUCUGGAGUUCUUCAGGAUCGUGGCUCUGAAGGCUUCACUCCAGAGACACACAUUUUGCUGGACGUGCCACCCUUUAAAGAGCGAGAGAGCGAGAGAGAAAGCGAGAGAAAGUGAAGGAAGAGAGUGAAGAGAAAGUGAGGAGCGAGGGAGCCGGUCGUGGAGGUUGGGGUGGAGCAGCAUCGUUACACUGUUUUGUAUGUAAUGGUGUGACGAGAGGCUACAGUUAUAAUCAUGGCUCAAGUGCUGCAUAUGGAAACCAGCUUCCCAGGGAAGAUUAACUCUCCAGCUCCUGCUUCUCUGCGCGCAAAGGACCCCGAGGCGCCAUACUCAGUCGAGACCCCCUACGGAUACCGUCUGGACCUGGACUUCCUUAAGUACGUUAAUGACAUCGAGAAGGGCAACACCUUAAAGAAGGUUCCUGUGCAGCGCCGCCCGCGGUACGGAUCCUUACCCCGCGGCUACGGCUACACCGGCUCUUGGUGGACGUCCACCGAGUCCCUGUGCUCCAACGCCAGCGUGGACAGCCGCCAUUCGUCCUAUUCGUAUUGUGCUCCAGGCUACCACACGGCUCAGAGACCGGGUUUUGGUGCAGGUCGUGUGGAGAAGACCUUACUGGAUGCUCGACGCAAACUGGAGGAGGAGAAGGAUGCUCGGCGAUUCUCCAACCUGGGCAGCAUGCACGGCAGCAUGGCUGGCUCCAAUACUUCGUUGUCCAGCGCCCACAGCUUUAACCGGGCACAGGGUGGUGCUGGAAGCUCCUACACUCCAGCCAGCUCUGGCCUUUCUACGCCCGUAUCGCCCACGCCAGCUCACUUGCAGCACGUCCGCGAGCAGAUGGCCUUGGCGCUUAGAAAGAUCCGUGACCUUGAGGAGCAGGUCAAGACCAUCCCUGUCCUGCAGGUGAAGAUCUCAGUGCUGCAGGAAGAGAAACGGCAGCUCAGCGUCCAACUCAAGAGCCAGAAGUUCCUGGGCGUUGGGCGUAGUCGACCCAGGGAACUCUACAUCGACAUCCCUGAGGAAGAAGUUGGAGGUGCCACCACCAAAGCGGCGACAACGACGGGACUCUCGCCCACCACUCCUGAUGGCUCGCGCCAAGACUCCGGGUGCGAAAUUGAAGACACGGUCAUCGUAGGCGGUGGACGUCCAGGGAACCGUAAGGAAGUCCGCACCAUUGGUGUAGGUUCUGACGUUGCGGAGAACAAGAGAACCCGUCAGGUGGGCGUAGGUGUGCGGGAGGAAGACUUAGGCUUGCUUCCAGAGACGGCAGCUCUGAAAACCAAGGUGGAAGAACUGGAGGUACAACUGAAGAGAACGGUGCAGGAGCUGCAGAGCGCCCAGAAGAAGGUGGAGACGGUUCAGAAGGAGAGGACAUCUGGCGCCGGACCCCCGCAGGCUGACCACGCCGUAAGAGCCACCAGCCUGGGGUGGCAGGGGCAGGACCAGCAGCAGCAGGGCAGGGUGGGGACCGGCCUCCACACGGUCGUCAGCUUCAGCCAGCAGGACCAGCAGAGGCAGCAGAGGACGGUGGGGAUCCAGGUCUACACUCUGGAGCAGCCCACGGUGGUUGGAGUCGGGACGUUACUGAGGGCUCAGGAGUGCAGCUCGCCCACGAGGCCUCUUUCUGCGGUUCUUACGGAGGGUGGAGCGCACCGAGGGCAUGCCGAACCGCUGAGCGGUGAAGACUCUCCCAGAGAGCUGCCCAUAGCGAUAAGCUCUAAGCAGGUACGAGAGGUCCUGAGAAGUGAGGUGUCCAUGUCCGUGCCGGUCUCCAGUUCUGCUCUGGUCAUGGAGACGAAGUGCAAUCAGAUAACUUCUCUCUGCCUGAGGCUGAAGGAAGAAGAGACACACCAGCAGUCGCCCACAGAGCUCAUCCAAUCACAGGAGGAUGCAGCCAAGCCAGCCUCUCCUCAGUCCAGCCUGAGAUCAAUCAUGAAGCGUAAAGCAGACGGAGGAUCAGACUCUCCUUCUACCAAGAAGAAUCUUCAGUUCAUCGGAGUAAACGGAGGGUACGAGUCCACGACGACAGAAGAGAGCAGUUCGGAAAGUUCGGAGGCUGAAAGUGACGUUAGUGAAUAUCACGAGGCCACGGAGAAACUCCCAGACUCAACAGCAGCUGAACAGCCUGAGACAUCGUCCACCAGCGUCCCCUCUGUCCCCUCUGUCCCCACGGAGACCAUAGCACCUCAGCACAGGACUGUCCCCACCCCUCAGAGCCUCAGCCAAUCACCAGCCUCGGAUUCCACCGAUACACAGCACUGUGCCGCCGGCCAAUCGUCUCCCACUGCCACGCCUCCUCAGGACAGGGUCCAGCCAAUACCAGCAACGGAUUCUACUCAGCACACUCCGCCCCACAGCACUGCCACGCCCCCAGAACCAAGCUCCGUCCAAUCAGCAGCCACCUGCACGGUUCUGGAACAAACUCUUACCCAACCCAAAACCACUGACUCCAGUUCCCAGCAGGUUUCUCACCAAUCAGAGGCCUUCAGCCCGCCCCCCCAGCAGCCUACUGCUCCGCCCAGCAACACUGUCCCCGCCCACACAGGCGCCAGCCAAUCACAAACCACUGACCUCACUACUCAGCAAGAAGCCAUCCAAUCAGAAGCUCAGAUCAGUCUUCAGUCUUCAGAUAUGUCUGUCCAGCAGGGGGCAGCACCGCCUCCUCCAGAUGCUCACGCAGCAAACGUAGCGGCACAACAGGAAAUCAGAGGGGAACUGAGCGAGAGCCUCAUGACUGCUCUUCAGACCUUACAGAAAGCACUCGGUGAACCAAAUGCCUUCAGCCAGCAGGGGGCGAGGACGGCCUACACCGCGGUGCUGCAGGAGUGGCUGAGGGUUUCCUGCCACAAGUCGGCGGACACGGCCGUGGUGAGAUCCUACAUGGACGCCUUCGCCUCCGUCUCUCCGCAGCUGCUGGAGUUUGUGGUGAACAUGGCCGACGGAAACGGAAACACAGCGCUGCACUACACCGUCUCACACUCCAACUUCCCCGUUGUCAAACUGCUGCUGGACACAGGUCUCUGUAAUGCUGAUAAGCAGAAUAAAGCUGGUUACACAGCGAUCAUGCUGACGGCUUUGGCUGCGUUCCACUCAGACAGCGACCUUCAGACCGUCCUGCAGCUGCUCCGCACCGGAGACGUCAACGCCAAGGCCAGCCAGGCGGGUCAGACGGCUCUGAUGCUGGCGGUGAGUCACGGUCGGGGGGAUAUGGUGCGAGCGCUGCUCACCUGUGGAGCUCAGGUGAAUCUGCAGGAUGAUGAUGGAUCCACGGCGCUGAUGUGCGCCUGUGAGCACGGACACGUCGACAUCGUGCGACAGCUGCUGUCUGUGCCCGGCUGUGACGCCACUCUCACAGAUAACGACGGCAGCACCGCUCUCUCCAUCGCGCUGGAGGCCAGUCAGAACGACAUCGCCGUGCUUCUGUACGCCCAUCUCAACUUCGCCAAACCACCGUCUCCCGUGUCUCCAAAGUCUCCAAUUUUGGGAUCUCCGCCCUCUUCCUCUGAACUGAAGUGAUCCCAGCAUCCAGCCGUGUUCCUCACACAUUAUACCAAUCUACACAUAUAACUGAUAGAAAUCGUUUGUUUUUGGGGUGUUUUUAUAUAUAUAUAUAUACACAUGCAUAUAUUUGUGCACUCUUCCAAAAAUUUAGCACUUAAUCUAAAAGUAAAGAAAAUGUUAAAGUAUGAUCUGAUAAGCCAUAACCACUGCCAUCAUAACCACCUGCUUAAACACUGUAAUAUUAAAAUCCAAUGUACCAACAAAUCACUCCACAAGACCUCUGAAGGAGUUUCUGCAGUGUCUGACCCAAGACUUUAGGAUUUAAAGGAGAACUCUGGUGUUAAAAUGGACUUCUGGUGUAGUAAAACAUAUUAAAGAGUUCUUAAGGUACUGAAGUAAAGGUAAAGAUGGCGCUAAACAUUGUUUUUUAAUAAACUUAGUAAAGUUUAGUACUUUUUAUCAUGUUUUACGACGACAAAAGUCAAUUUUAGACCGGAGUUCUCCUUUAAGUCCUGUAUGUUGGGAGGUUGGCAGGACCUAUAUAAAAAAAAAAAAAGAGUUUUGGUGCCGUGACCCUGAUACUGAUUCACCACUUUUUGUAUCCAGCUAACAAUUUUUGGUGAGUAGAACAUUUUCUGAAAGUUACAUUUAACAUUCUUAGAACGUUCAGUCUUUUUAGAUCAUUUUUAGUUUUGGGAAUUUUAUAUUUAACGUUUCCAUAAUUUAUCUCCAUAGUAUCAGUCUAGCGGAUUACAUUAAGUGAGAAACAUUCUAAAAACGUUGUGAUGCAAACUAUUAUUAUAAAUCAUUAUUUCUGAAACGUUGCAGGCUAAACGUUCUUAAAAUGUUCUCUGUUAGUUGGGUAGAUAUUGACCACUACAUACCAGUAACAUCCCACAAGACCUGCCUGAUGGUCUGGAGAUGUUCUAAUGUGCAUAUAUAUAUAUAUAUAUAUAUAGACAUAUAUAUAUACAUGUGUAUAUAUAUACAUAUAUACGUAUACAUAUAUAUAUAUAUACAUUUUAUUGAAAAGUUACUUCAUUCCAGUAAUUUAGUUAAAAAUGUGAAACUCAUAUAUUAUAUAGAUGUAUUAAAAACAGAGUGAUCUAUUUUCAGCGUUUAUUUCUUUUAUUAUUGAUGAUUAUCCGCAUCUCUAUAAAAGUUGUUGUCAGCAGAGGGAAGAGGGAAGUGCUGUAAGAUUUUGGAGAUGCGGAUUUCAUUUUCCAGCAGGACUUGGCACACUGCCCACAUUGCAUCCAAAAGUACCAAUUGGUCUUAUUAUAUAAUAUUCUAAUCUUCUGAGACACUGAUUUAUGGGUUUUCAUUGGCUGUAAGCUUCAUAAUCAUCAUCAACAAUAAAAUAAAUAAAUAAAUGCUUAGAAUAGAUCAUUCUGUGUGUUUAUUACAUCUAUAUAAUAUAUAUGAGUUUCACAUUUUCAACUGAAAUUAUUACUGAAAUAAAGUAACUUUUCAAUGACUUUCCAUGAUUUUUUGGCAUGCACUAGUAUAUAUAUAUAUAUAUAUAUCCACUCCUUGACUGGUAAUACCAGAGCAGCAGUGUUAUUCACCUUUUACCUGGCAGUGGUUUUAAUGUUAUGGCUGGUUGAUGUAUAAACACUAGUUUUGUAUAUGAGUAUACCAUCAUACCUGCUAUCCUGUUCCAUGUGGGCUGGAGAUAAUUGUAAUGAUAAUUGAUCAUUAUUAUCUCAUUAAAUCAGUCCUACACGCAGUAUGAGAUGUUUAGAUGCUGUUUGGAUGCACAAAAUACUGUAUAAAAUUAUUUUAGUCCACGGCAGUCAGCCGCUAACAAUGCUAACCUGGGACGAUGCUAAGAAUUCUAAUGUGACACAUAAAAAGUGGGACUUAUUUGGGUUAGAUUUGCCAUAAAACACUGAGAAAUUAUAGAUAAUCCAGUUGUGGAAAAUUGUAAAGUCUUUAGCAAGCUGUUUUAUUUUAAAUUUUAAGAAUAUUUAAAUAAAAUGCCAGUUUAGUCAACUCUGGUUUGAUCUAAUUCCAGGCUUAAUCUGAAUUAAAUGGAACACAGCAUUAGAUUAUUGAAUUUACAGAAAGGCAGCUUUUCCCAAACUUGGAUUAAACCUUGGGUCUUGGGCUACACAGCAUUUAAAAUAGAAAUAUAAGAUUUAAUUUUAAUUGAAAGAAAAUUAUAGCCGAGGACUCCCCGUCUGGAUCAGAAUAAACCAAUGAUAAUCCACCUGCACAGAACAGAUAAUCACUAUAAAUUGAAUAUGAUUAUGAUUAUGCUUUAAUCAUAUUCUGCAAUACUUUUUAAAGCCAUGAGUCGUUGUUUUUUACAGGUUUACAGCACAGAUUUUACAGUUAAAACAAAAAAGCAUAUUACUUCAGCAGUCUUUGAUAAAAUAAAGGUAUAUAACAGCAUAUCAGACUUUUUUCAAACCAGCGAUUGAUUUUAGCGUAUAUUUUUUAUUCCACGUCUUUUUCACAAGAAUUUGCCGUUUCUUGGUUCAGCUCUGUCUGUUUCUUGAUGGUAAAUUUUUUUAAAUAUUGGACUUUUUAUCAUUUUGUUACAGUUUAUAACGUCUCCACCUGUUUUACAGCAGCGUGUCUAAUAGGAUAUAAUAGGAAUUUCACUAAUUUGCCUUGUUUUGUGCAGAAUAACAGCAAUAGCAGCAGAAGCAGCGUGUUGUUGACGUAUAUCGAUGUAGAGUCCUCCUUUACUCCUGUAGUUUCAGUGUGUGGACUUUAAACCUCCUGACCUGUAGAGGGCAGUGCGUUUUCACUUCUAAGUUUUGUCAAACAUCACACAAAAACCUUGUAUCUCCAUUUUAUCCUCUGUUUUAUUUUUACAUUUUUACUUUGUUAAAAGUUAAAAUUUUCUCCCCAGUUUGCAAGCUUUUAUAUUGGCAAGAACUUGAUAGAAUUUGCUGUACAUCAUGAUACAGGAGAUUCAUUUCAAUAUAAAUAUAUCACUUUAUUUCAAGAUACUGUAAGCUAGAUGAUUAUGGGCCAUUCCACUGAAUGGGUGCCAAUUGCUUGUUGUAAUUCUUCCAAAUUAAACUUAAUUUUUUAAAAACCUUUUUAAACUCUGAAUCUAAUAAAACACUUAUUUAACUCUACAAGGUUUUUUAAUUUCUUUAAUUUUCUCUCAAGAAAGUCUUUAUUUUAAAGAAAUGGUUAUAACUUAAAUGUUCAAAAAUUUAUAUUUAUGACCAAAAAAAACCCUUCUUUUACUGGAACUCAGUCCUGUUACUUUUAAUGUUUUAAAUAACAGGACUGAAAGAAACAGGAAUGAGUUUUUAGCAUAGAAUUAGCAAAAACAUGCUAAAUGCUAAAUGGCGGCUAAUAUGCUAAUAGCCUGAGGACACCAAGCACAUUCUAGUUAUUUCCCCAAAAAAUUGUAUUAUUAUUAAAAAUAAACCAAUAAUAUGUAAGAAUGAAUGUAGGUAACAGGACUGAGUGUUGAGAUUGAGCUCCUCAGUCAUCGUUACAAUAAGAUCAAAUAUACAGAAAAAAAUAACUAAUGAGGAACUUAAUUCUGGUCUUCCCAUGAUCUUCAGAACCAGAACCAGCUGAUGAUGUCACUUCCUGUUGUAGAUGUGACUUCCUGUUGUAGAAUUUUUCCAGAUGUUUCAGAUGAUCAGGGUAAUGUGUUACGGUAACAGGACUGAGUGAAACAACAACAGGGACACAACUAAAAUGUGUAUUUAACUUAAAUAUUAUGGAUUAUUUUUAUUUUUUUUAAAGCAGAGAUGGGAUUUGGAGUCACACAACAAUGCAAAAUAAAUUACAUCUCUGAAGGAUUUUAAUAAAUAUAUAAUUAUAUUUCAUGGUAAAGUUUAUAGUUAGAGAGUGGGGGGGGCAGGGAACUAAUGCUAUUUUUUCAGUGUUAUAAGUAGUUUUUAUUAAUGUUUUUAAUUAUAUAUCUUACUUUUGCAGUUAGGUCGAUGUACAAGACACUAUGCUCAAUAAUAAAAUGUAGUUUAAAGUUAUUAUGUGCGCACAUGUAAUUUCCUGGGAACAGAAAUGGCACCCACUUUGUGAAAUGGCCCUUAUAUUGCGAUUACUUGUAUAAUUUUUUUUUACACUAUUAUACUUAACCAUCAUAUCAUGAAAAAUGUACUUUUUAUCCAAUCAGAAUAGUAGGUUCUAAUGGCAAAAUACAACACUGAUAUCUAGUGGGCGGGCUUUAAACCCAACACUAAAUUUAACCACUGUCUUUGAGCAAUUUGUAGAAGUAAACUAAUUUAUUGUAAAACAUUUAAGUAAAAAUCAAAAAUUAGUUUUUGACCAUCAAUAUAGUAUUGCAAAACAUAAUGCAAAAAAAAAAAUACUAUUAAACAUAGUAAUAUUUUAUCCCCUCAUUUAAAGAAGUUACUACGCUUUUGGAGAUACAUGGUUUUUGGUGUGACUGUGACGAUAUGUAGGUUAAAACUCUUUUCGAGAGUGUGUGUCAGACUGUAGUAUAAAAGUAGGCUCUCCAAAGACAAAACUGAUGAGCAGAUGGUUAAAUAAAGCCCUAUCUGUACAGGAUUAGUUUCUCAGGGGGUUUGGGGGUAAUUUUCUCUUUUAUGCGGGUUUUUAUCCUCUGUGAUUUUAUUCCCGUCCAGAACUAUCAUGUAGGUGUUUUAUUUCUCAGACGUCCUCUGAGUAAAUUACAGGCUGAAUUAUCUACUGUUUUUCUCUGAACUCAGUGCUCCUCCGGUAAUUUUAGUCCCGUCCGGACGCACAUCUCUGAGUUUCGUCUCCUCACCUUUAAUAAAAUAGAUAUUUGUCCACUGCCGCUCACCGUAAUUACACUUUGGGUGCGCUACGGUUUCCACGGAGAUCCACGUAAAAAAAAAAAACACAACAGCGAGUGGAAAUGGAGGAGCUACUGAACACCGCGAUGUCGUCACGUGACAGAGAAAACCAGAAAAAAAAAAAAAACUCACUGAUCCUCCUGUUUUUUUAAACUGCAGUCUGGAUGCAGGAGUUUUAUCACUAAAAAGUAGAAGUGUGAAAUAUUUUUAACACAGACGAACCCCUGAGAAACUAAUCCUGUCCAGAUAGAGCUUUCUACUCAGUGAUAAAACUCCUGCAUCCGGACCGCAAUUAUAAAAACAGGAGGAUCAGUGAGUUUUUAGGCUUUUUUCUCUGUCACAUGACAUCACGGCGUUCAGUAGCUCCUCCAUUUCCACUCGCUGUUGUGUUUUUAACGUGGAUCUCUGUGGAAACCGUGGCGCGUCAAAAGUGUAAUUACAGUGCGCGGCAGUGGACAAAUAUCUAUUUUAUUAAAGGCGAGGAGACGAAACUCAGAGAUGUGCGUCCGGACGGGACUAAAAUUACCGGAGGAGCACGGAGUUCAGAGAAAAACAGUAGAUAAUACAGCCUGUAAUUUUAUUAGAGGACGUCUGAGAAAAACACCUACAUGAUAGUUCUGGACGGGAAUAAAAUCACAGAGGAUAAAAACCCCCAUAAAAGAGAAAAUUACCCAGAACCCCCUGAGAUACUAAUCCGCUCCGGAUAGGGCUUUAGAGACUGUUUUUUUUUUUUUAAAACCAUCCACAGUUCAGGUGGAAAGUACUGAAAUCCCACAUUAGGUGGUUCUGAGUUUGGAAUUGACGGGUGGAGACGUGUUGUAGAAGCAGGAUGCUGAACUAGAAAGUAUAAAAUAAGGCUUAGAACUAUGAGGAAUGUGUUUGAAUACAGUGUUUUCUGAAAUAUGAAUAAUAUAUGUCAUCUCCAAAGGUUUGAAGCAAAUGAUUAUACUAUUUUUUAGCUUUUAUCCAAACAAGUUUUGAAGUAUUUGAAUUGCAGCCGUUGUGUGAUCCGAUUAAUAUCUCGAUUUUUAUCCUGGUUUUUACAAAUGCUUUAUUAUCACUUGUUUAGGAACUAAUUGGUUUUAUAAUCUUUUAUAUUUGUUUUAUUUAACUCUCUGUAUAUCUUUAUAUUUGAAAAUAUCUGUUCACGACUAUGUAUAUCUUUUGCCCUGUUUGCCGGUCUUUGUUUUUAAUUAGCAUCAUGUACCCUUACAGAAAAAAACACGCUUUUUGAUGUUUUGUUUCCCUUGUUUUAGAAGAAAUAAAUCUAGACCUUAUAGAGA